AUGAAUACAAGUAUAUACAACUACCUGAUUGUUUUUGUAUUUAAGGUGCGUAUAGCGGCAAAAUUCAUAAUUCAUGCUCCUCCUGGGGAAUUCAAUGAGGUGUUCAAUGAUGUUCGGUUGCUGCUUAAUAAUGAUAAUCUUCUCAGGGAAGGAGCAGCGCAUGCAUUUGCACAGUACAACUUGGACCAGUUUACUCCAGUAAAAAUUGACGGUUAUGAUGAACAGGUUUUGAUAACAGAACAUGGUGAUUUGGGAAAUGGAAAAUUUUUGGAUCCCAAGAACAAGAUUUCUUUUAAAUUUGAUCACUUAAGAAAGGAGGCUACUGAUCCUAGACCCCACGAAGUUGAAAAUGCCAUAGAAUCGUGGAGAAAUUCAGUUGAAACAGCAAUGAAAGCCUAUGUGAAGGAACACUAUCCAAAUGGUGUUUGCACAGUGUAUGGUAAAACAAUUGAUGGACAGCAAACCAUUAUUGCAUGCAUAGAGAGCCAUCAGUUCCAAGCAAAAAAUUUUUGGAAUGGCCGUUGGAGGUCAGAAUGGAAGUUUACAAUCACCCCUUCAACCACUCAAGUGGCUGGCAUCUUGAAAAUUCAGGUUCACUAUUAUGAAGAUGGUAAUGUUCAGCUGGUGAGCCAUAAAGACAUACAAGAUUCUCUAACAGUGUCUAAUGAAGCCCAGACAGCAAAGGAAUUUAUAAAAAUCGUAGAGGCUGCAGAAAAUGAAUAUCAGACUGCUAUCAGUGAGAAUUAUCAGACUAUGUCCGACACUACUUUCAAGGCCUUACGUCGACAGUUGCCAGUUACCCGCACCAAGAUUGACUGGAACAAGAUCCUUAGCUAUAAGAUUGGAAAAGAGAUGCAGAAUGCUUAGUGAACAUUGCAUGACUGGAUCGUUUUAGUGUCCUUGUAUACAAAUAAAAAUUAUUACAAAAAGUAUUUGGAACUGUCAGAUCACCCAGUCAGCAUGGGCUUUUGCCAUUGAAAAUCACUGUAAGUAGUUUGGUUAGAGCAUAAAGCUUAGCUAAUUGACUUUUUUCCUUUUUCCUUCCUUUCAGAGGGUUGCAACUUCAGUAUAGCUGAGUAUCUUCCUUUAGAGUCUCUGUUGUACCUUUAUUUUUUUAUAAUGAAGAGACCAUGCCUUUAGUUUUCAAUUACACGUUAAGAACAGUUUGAAAAAAUAUUUUUGCAUAUGAUAACCCUUUCUCUUGCUUUCAUGUGAAAUGGACAACUUCCAAAAUUUGCUGGGUUCCUUGUGGAGAUCAGUAACGUGCAUUUCUAGGUCAAGGUCAACAUGGAGUUCGCCAUAGGUGCUGUUGUAGAAAUCGUCUGUCCUUUCAUUUUAUGUAAAAUUGGGAAAAGCAUUUUCUGUAUCAUUUAAACCUGUCAGAAGACUUACCUAGCUAGCUCCAUGGUAGCUAAUUAUUUUUUUUAAAGAAAAGGCCAAGGUCUAAUGCUGGUUUAAGAUUUUGAAAUUAAAUAAAAGUACUUACUCCAGAAAUGCAUUUAAUGCUUUGUUCUGACAAUUACUUAAAUGAGCUCAAACUCCAUCUGCCCUCGAGCUUUUUUAUCAUAAAGCUACAAAUGUAUUAUAACAAGGCAUAUUGUAAUAUAUAUAAUCCUGUACUCAUUACUAUGUCUGUUUAUUUUUUCUUGGAUUGAAAUGUACUAAAAUUCAAUGUGACAUUAAAACGCAAAUUUUCUAUUUAUUUGAGUAUCAGAUUCCUUCCUGAUAUAGCCUGGUUUUGGUGUUUCUAAAUAUUUUUAAAAUUCUGCUUAAAACAACCACAAACUUGUGUAUUUGGAGAUUGUAAUAUUAUCAGUUGUUUCCAUCUGCAUUUAAGAAACAUCUACACAAUGAAGUCUACUUAAAACAGGUAUCUUUUAGCUUCAUAUUGGCUACAGAGGAUGGAAGAAAUUACAAGACCAAAAAUUAAUACAUGUGUCUGGAGAAUACCUUCCUUGAUGUAUCUCAUAUUGAAAAUGGAUGUCAGGUAUCUAAAAACACAGACUCCAUUGCAAAUGCUGUAUAGCACUUCUAUGAAAUGCAUAACUUUCAUUUUUAAUUGGAUAAAAAUUUGUUCUAUAAUAUGCUACAUACUUAUAUGCUCAUGAUGGAAAAUUAAAAAGCUUUUUUAUUUUUGAGAAGGCAAGUAUUCAUGCUCACUCCUAAACAGUAAAGCUUGCACAAAGGUUUUAUGUCUUUGUUUACAGCAUGAUUUAGUUAACUACCUUUAACUCAAGUUACAGCAUGGCAAGAGAAAGAGUCUAGACUUGGUACUGAGUAUAAAAAAAUACACACAAAGUAGUUUGCUGUUUGAAUUGUAAUAGCAAUACUCCAAUAUUCUGUUCUUCAGUGCUCUCUUAUACAGGGGUAUAGAAGUUCUUGAAACCACUGCUACUUUACAGUACUAAAGUGUAUAGUAGAAGAACGGGAUUUGUUCUACCACAGUCUUCCUGGAGAGUUGCUCUCUCAAUUGUCUUUGUAUAUAAGCUACUGAACUGUGAUGUUCUUUUAAAAUCAGCUUAUAAACGUUGUAUGUGAGCCAAUAACAAAUGCUGAAUCAUUGUCAAGUCAGUCUGUCAGUCUUAACUAAGAUCUAAAUACAAACCUUCAAAGAAUUUCUUCCAACAUAUUUGAGAACAAGCUAAACAGCAGUGAAUGGACAAUUGGGAGAACUGUUAAUGGGCAACAAUGGUGCAAAUAACUUUUCUAGCUGUUUAGAAUGUUGUGUAUGACCAGAAUCAGCACUGGCUAAAAGUCAGAAUGCUAUUUUUCUUAUCUGAAAUAAAAAGCUACUUUUAAAUAUAUUCCUAAUAAAGAGGUAUUUUACUGUGAAGUACUCUUACUGUAUUUCCCUGUUUAUUCAGUCCUGUGAUAGUCUUAAUUCCUUAUCUUGAAAGAAUACCAUCCUUCAGGUUCAAUUCUACCAGUUGGAUGACAAAGUAGAUUUGUAUUACUUAUAUUUUUUCUUGUUGUGGUAAUUCUUAGUCUGUGAGUUAACUUUACAGCUGGAGCAUCAAAUUUAUUAAGUUAUAGCUUCAAUAAAGCCAUGUCUAAGUAAAUAAACUAUUCUCUUACUUUUUCAAAAUGGUGUUGUAUCAUAUUUAGGGUGUAACGACUCUGCAGAUGAAGCUGACCUGACUCUCAGCUGAGGCACAUGGCAUAUUCAGAAUGCUUGAUUUCUGUCAAGAUUGUGGAUGUCACUUGCACUUUUUUUGUUUCUACCCCUACCCCUCUUAAAUUGGAGAACUUUAGAGCUUGCUUGUUAGUCUUUAGGGUAUUUUGUGUAGGUAAAGCACUUUCUCUGAGAAAUUUUGCUAUGGCAAUUGUCUUAAUGUGAAUUACUACUUGUUUAUAUUCUAUUUUUAAAUAUAAAUACAAGCUUUGUAUUGUUGAAUGUUGAUGUAAUAGACAUGAUAGCUUGUAAAAUGGACUUGUACAAUGCUUGCAUUUUUGAAGUGUAUUACAUCUUAUGCAUCCUAGUUCCCCUUUAUAUGAAGGAAUUUCUAACUUCUGCAAGUAAGCAAUUGUUCUUUAUGAACAUCUGCAUCAGGAGCAGCAAUUGUGCUUUUGGUUUCUCCUGAGCAGCCCCUUUUUUUAUGACUGUCUUCAAAUUCAUACUGUGGGUAGAAUGAAACUUUAAAAUCAUUGUCAUUUUGAUCACAUCAUUACUACUUCUUAUGCUCUACAUGCUGAUAACAAUUCUGCCAUCUGGCUCCAUUGGGAACACUGCAACACAGUUCAUUGGGAAGUGGUCAUUCAGCCCUGGGUUAAAAGCAUUGCCUGAGACCCAACAUCCCAAUAAAUGUGGUUUCUGUAGGGGAUGGCUCCAGCUGCAUCUACAGCAGCAAUGUAGUUUGUGCAGUUUGGGAGCAAAUCCCUCUCUCAUCUUCACUUGCCCCAGACUGGUUUGGCUGCCAAAGCCAUUUUGGUGUGCUUGAGUUCACUUUUGGAGAACUUGGAACUGGGCUCUGGGUGUGCAAAGGAUGCCCUCCAGCUCUGAAUGGCGACCCAAGUCAAUAGCAGUGGUUUCUUUCAGGCAGCUUGAAACCACCUAUGUGUUGAGGAUGUUUGAAGCAUCAGACUAAACCUGGCCUUCAAAUUUCCAGACUGUAUAUACCAUGGGUAUAGAAGUUUACAUCAGCUGUUUGAUUCUGUGGAUUCACUUCUAUUGUAUUGAAUCACCUGCGGACACAGACAUGGCUUCUGCUGCAUUUGUUGACUGGAAAGACUGAAAUUGUUCUUCAUCUGAUGCAACUGUAAACUAGGUUUAGAUUAAACUUAGUUUGUUC